ACACGCUAUGACGAAGGAUUUAGGGGGAAACUUAAGUAUACAGUUCUUCUUAUUAUCAGGUUGGAAGGUGUAUUGUGCCUCAAGAGCUCGAUGCAUUUGUCCUACUUCUGACAGACACGGCUGAUUGUGUUUUGAUGAUAAUAAAGCUAUUGUAAAUCAGGACUGUACACACGGAAAUAACAUAACCGGUUGUCUCUCUCGGUACACCCCUGUCAUUAGUACUGAAGCCGUCUAUCUUGGACUACACUUUCUUUCUCGCUCUCUCUCUGUCUUAUUACCAUCAACAUGGGUGAUAAGUUUCUCAACGAGGGGCUGAAAUACUUCUUUCUGCUACUGUGGUUAGGAGCAAACGUAGCCUACUGGGUAGUGACAUUCCUGGUCUACGAGCAAGGACCUCAAUAUUUCUACGUCAGGCAUAUUACUGGGGUUGGUCUUUCCAUAGCGAAAGCAUCGGGAGCAGCGUUAAAUCUGAAUAGUUUAAUAAUCUUACUACCGAUCUGUAGAAACCUCAUCUCUUUCUUCAGGGGCUCGUGUGCCACAAACACACUUUGUAGGAGGAGUGUUCGACGUCAGCUGGACAAGAAUCUGACCUUCCAUAAGACCGUGGCCUACAUGAUCGUUAUCUGGACCAUCGUCCACGUCGCCGCUCACGCUUUCAACUUCAGGAACCUUUACAACCACUAUCGGUGCGUGACGACGAACAACGAUGAACUGUGCGAAGGCAUUACUGCGCUCGCUCGCAAGUUCACGGCUCGGCCGGAAGACAACUGGUUGAAUCCUAUCCGAGGGGCCAAGAAUCUUCCAGCGGGUCUCGGUCUAAUUGAACAGGGCCUGAUCCCGAUCGCUGGUUGGACCGGAGCUGUUCUCACCAUCGCUCUAAUCCUCAUGUUCUCAUCCGCAACAGAAUUCAUCAGGCGUUCGUAUUUCGAGACUUUCUGGAUCACGCAUCAUCUCUUCAUCGUCUAUUUCGCUAUGAUACUUGCCCAUGGUGUAGGUGGUAUCAUCCGCUCACAAACAAAUCUUGAUCGCCAUGAUGUAGUGUUCUGUUCUGAAAACCUUGAUCAAUGGAGUCCAACAUCAGACAGAUGUGAAGAUCCGGUAUUUAAAGACGGAUCCGCUGCGAGUUACAAGUGGGUGACCGCUCCCCUCAUCAUCUACUUUAUUGAGAGGAGUAUCCGCUUCUGGAGGAGCUGUCAGAAAGUCACUCUAACAAAGGUUGUGAAACAUCCAUCGAAGGUAAUUGAGCUUCAGAUGAAGAAGAAAGGAUUUAAGAUGGAAGCCGGUCAAUACAUCUUUCUUAAAUGUCCAUCCAUCUCACACGUACAGUGGCAUCCAUUUACUCUUACAUCGGCCCCGGAAGAGGAUCAUUUUAGUGUUCAUAUCCGUAUAGUUGGUGAUUGGACUUCUGAUCUAUUCAAAGCUAUGGGAGCUGACAAGCCAGAGCAACAAUCACAGGACGAUCUAGCUAGAGUUGCCGUUGAUGGUCCAUUUGGAACAGCUAGUAUUGAUAUCUUCAAAUACCAGGCUGCUAUUUGUGUGGGAGCUGGUAUAGGAGUAACACCAUUCGCAUCCAUCCUUAAAUCUAUCUGGCUGAAGAGUGUCAACAACAGCGCCUCGCUGAAGCUGAAGAAGGUGUAUUUCUUCUGGAUCUGCCCCGAUACGAAUGCCUUCGAGUGGUUCUCAACACUCCUUGACUCCAUUGAUACCCACUUUACGGAGCAGGGUAAACCCGACUUCCUCAAAUACUACAUCUAUCUUUCAAGGGGUUGGAACAAUACUCAGGCAAAGAACAUUUACCUCCAGGAGGAACAGGAGAUUGACGCCAUCACCGGCCUGAGACAGAAAACCCAUUACGGUCGUCCUAAAUGGGACUCAAACUUUAAGAUGAUCGCAGAGGAGAAUCCAGGGACGAGUAUCGGAGUAUUUUUCUGUGGUCCCAAAGCCUUAUCGUCAGUACUACACGAGAAUGCCAACAAAUUCACCAGCUUGACGCCGGACGGAGCCAAGUUUUUCUACAACAAGGAAAACUUCUAAGCAUCAACGUUCGGUCGGGAUAACGAAAAUCAAACUUUCAAUCAUCGCCAACCUGUAUUUUUUUUA